AUGGCUCGAACACGAGCGGCCAAGGCGAAGAUCGAUGCGCAGAAGAAGGCGCGAUCAACAGCUGCAGCAACACAGGCAGUCUGCGACACCGUGGAGCUACUCGAGAACAUACAGCUUUGUCUACCACCAAGACAAGUACUGCUGAUGACUCGGGUCUCGAGGAGCUGGCAGGGGACCAUCCAAGAGUCGCCGGACCUGCAACGUGUAUUGUAUCUGCGACCAAUGGCAGGCGACUUGGUGAGCUGGAAGGAAGAUCCCAAUCAAGAGCAUAUCACAGCAAUGUUGCAGCUAACCAAGGGUAUGUGGUCCACAGAAGCAGCGCCAGCCACGAGGAUCGUACCCAAAAUCAAUCCCAUGAUAAACUUGGCCGUUCUCUCGGUGCGUGCCUAUUGCAGUAUUUUCCACUAUGGCUUCGUACUACCAGCCCUCGACCCAGACGAAGUGCGUUGGUACACUGGCGUCGAAAGCCACACAGACCUCAGACAUCUACACCGCAAAGGUGCUUCAUGGAGGAGCAUGCUCUUCAUGCAGCCGCCAAGCAACGAGAUGUCCUUUUUGUGCAGCACCGAACGCGAAACUUUCUCCAUUAAGAAGGAAACUCCACUCACGAUGCAAGAUACCCUUGACGGACUUUGGGGGCACUGGCACAACGACCCCUUUUGCCCUAACCGCUAUGAGAACCCUGUGUGGGAUCUCUGCGGUUCCCGGAAAGUGGAUAUGGGGUCGAUGUUCAAGGUCCAGAGUGGCUGGGAGGCUCUUGAACGCAUUCAGCAAUGA